GUGUUUUGGUGUAUUUUGAAAGGAUUUGGAUAAAGCUACGUCACAUAGAAGAUAAAUAUUAAAGACAAUACGAGUAAUAAAUAUUAAUCGAUAAAAGAUGAGCACAAAUCCUAUCAUUUUGGAGGAGACUUUUACAGUAACCGGAUUUAACACUGAAGGAAGUGUGUAUCUACGUGUUUCGCGCAUCCAAUGCACAAAUGAAACUGGCACACUCACUAUAACGUCCGAUGUAAACACUGAAGAGUUUCCUAUAUCACUUAAUGAGCGUCUUAGCAUUGUGCUAGCCAACUCAUUGGAGCUUUCUGGUGUAACCGCCAAAAAACAUUAUGAUCACAGUAUUUACCACCGCGAAACUCGGUUGAAUGAUUGCGACUAUGCCAUGCACGGCCGCGUAUAUGCCUUGGAAGUUGAUGAAAGCACUUUGGAUGUAAAGGUGCAUAUUAGCUGCGGUGGGCUGCUAACACGGAUUGUUGGAAAACUUCAGAGCUUGCGCGAUAUUCAUUACAACAGCGACAUAUACAUUUUGGUGAAGCGUGUUGGCCGAUAAAAUAAUUUGAAUUACGCUAACUCUGCGAGUAAGCAGAACGUGGUAUAAGCUGUUUGUUCUGAACUGUUUGUGAAUAUUCCUUUCCGAAUGAUGCACUUCAUUGGCAUCAUUAUUCAUUGCUUU